AUGAUUUCCUCAGAUCUUGAAAAUAUAGAUGAAGAAGUUAAGGAACUGUUGCAGAAUUAUAAAUUUAAAAAGGCGACCGCUUACGAACCAUGUACAUUAAAGAAUUUUAAAGAAUGUUUGAUCGGCUUGAGUGAGGAACUUAGCUUGUUGAACAUAGAGUACAUUUUCAAUCCACAUACGGAUGUCGAGAAUGAUAAUCUUCACCUAGAAGCUCUAGUUAAACUGAUUAACUCUGUUUGGACAUUGUUGUACCAUCACAAAAAUUCAAAGGAUAAGGUUGAAAAUUUAGAAGAGCAAAAUUAUGUCCUUGAUAAUAGUAACAAAGAAUUAAACGUAAUAGUGGGUAGAUUAAAAGAUAAAUUAAAUUGUGAGAAGAAUGAAUCAAAAGCUUGUGUUGCAUCUGCACGGAGAGUUUCGGAUCAAUCUGAUGAAUUGUAUCAAAAAUUUAUUGACACAAGGACAAAAUUGAACCAAUUAACUAAACAAAAAGAAACCACUGAGAAGUGCUUACAAAAUAAAAUAUCUAGAUUGAAGCUUGAAAAUGAUAAAUUAAUAGAUAGACUGAGGGGCAAAUCUGACAGCUUCACACCUUGUGCUGAAAUAUGUGAUAGUACACUAAUGCAAUUGAAGGAACGUGAAAGAAAACAAAGAGCUUUAAUAGCUCAGCUACAAGCAAACAAUCAAGAAUUAUUACGAGAAGUGCUAGCCCUAAAGGAGGAGCUUAUACUUGAAGGAAUUGGAACUGUACAUAUAAAAAAGUCUGUUUUGAAUGAUCCAAUCUCAGAAUGCGAGAUA